AUGUCACAAACUACUACAGGUCAAAGUAGUCUAUAUAAUGAAAAAGAAAGCUUAACAAGUCAAAUGAUCAAAUCAAUUCUACGACAAAUUUGUCUCGGUGUAUGGUUUUCAAGAAAAUAUUUAAUAUUUAAUUAUGUUAUAAUACCAAUUGGUAUAAUCCUUAUAUUAAUGAUUCUUUAUGGUUUUAAUUAUUUAUUAACAAAUAUUGCUAAAAUUAAAUUUCCUGGAUCUGUCUUGGGGUUAUUAAUAAAUUUAAUUUGGUUAUGUUUAUUAACUAUAUUAACUGAUUUAAAACAAUCUUCAAAUGAAUCCAAAUUUAAAACAAAAUUAAGAAUUGGUUCAAAUUGGAUAUUAAGAAAUUAUUUAAUUUUAAUUAAACCUUCAAUGAAUUUUACAUUAAAAUGGAUUAAUGUAUUUUUUAUACCAAGUUUUAUUAUUUUACCAUUAUCUGAUCCCAUUACAAUUAUUGAAGUUUUAAAAAUUGCAGGAGUAUUUGUUGUUGGAUUUAUUGCAUUAAUAAUUAUAGAUGUUUAUUUUAUUGAGCUUUUGAAAUUUAUAUUAGCUAAAACUGGGAUAUUCGUUGAAGAAAAAGAAGUCUUGAGUAAGGAUGAAAAAGGAAGCGGAAGUGAUAAGGAAAGUAAUAGUAGCGACAUAGAUGAAGUUGGAAGAGGAAAUGUAUUUACAACAAUGAGAGAUGAUAUAACCACAAUAGAUUUACAUAGUCUCAAAUCUUUAAAAUCAGUACAAACUGCUCCAGCAGCAAUAUUACCAGUUAAUGAAAAUCCUUUUGAAGAAUCUUCAAAAUUAUCUGAACCAGAACCAAUAUAUCCUAAAACUCAUCAUGUUGGAGAAUCAUAUCCUGCAUUACAACAAUCAAAAUCAUCACCAAUUCCAGAAACAAAAACAAUAUCUAAACAAUAUGAACAAUUUGAUUUAAAAGAAGACAAUAUUCCAAAAAUCACUAUAUUUAUAACAAGUUAUAUAGAUUGGAUAUUAUAUGGAACUUUAUUUAUUGUAUCAUUACCUUUUUAUUAUAUUAAAUCAAUUCAUACAUUAUUACCAUAUCAUAUGGGAAUAACCAUAAUAGCAUAUUAUAUAGCAUUAUUAAUACCUCAAAAAUGGCCAAAAACUAAAAAAUUUGCUCAUCCCAUAUUAACUUCAACAGCAAUAAUAUUAUUUAUUUGUUUUAUUGGUUCAUUAAUUUAUCAUCAUAAUCCAAAAGGAUUUUUAGAAGAUUUAAAAUAUUAUAAAACUGGUAAAAAUUAUAUAAAUUUAUUUAAUGGUAAAACAAUGAAUAAUAAUUCAAAAUCAAACAAAAUGCCAAAGGAUGAUUUUACUUCAACUCCUCAAUGGCCAGGAUGUGGUGAUUUUUUAUCUUCAUUAAUGGAUGUAUCAAUUGUUUCAUUAUCUUUGCCUUGUUAUACUCAUCGUAAAGAUUUUAUAAAAAAUUCACCAAUUUUAAUUCCAACUUUAAUUUUAUCAGUUGCGUUAAGUUUUUUUAUUUAUCCUUUAGUUGGUAAAGGUAUAGGUUUAUCUCCAGAAUUUUCAAUUGGAUUUAUUGGUAGACUGGUUACUUUAGCUUUAGGUACUCCAUUAAUGCAAAUGUUAGGUGGUUCGAUUUCUUUAAUGCUGGUUUGUACUAUAUUAUCCGGUAUAAUCGGAGUUCUAUUAUAUGAACCAAUUUUUAAUGUUUUAAGAGUUCCAAAACAUGAUUAUUUGACCAGGGGAGUAACUUUCGGGGUGGCAUCAACGGCUAUUGGUACGGCACAUUUAUUAACCAUUGAUCCAAGAGCUGCUUCUAUAAGUUCUUUAAGUUUUUGUAUAUUUGGAUCUAUUAUGAUUAUUAUGGCUGCAAUUGGAGCAAUAAGAGACUUGAUUAAUUCUUGGGUUUAUUGA